UCGAGCUGGUUCGACGUCAACACGGCCAAGGUCCUCGAGCGGUGCUACAAGACGCUGUUGCCCAAGGAGGACUAUGUCGGCGAGGUGCUCGAGGGCGCGCCGGACCUCUACGGGCCGUUCUGGGUCCCGACGACGCUCGUGUUUUCGCUGUUCCUCACCUCGUCGCUGUACACGUCGAUCGCGGCCUACCUCGACGACGCCGAGUACACGUACGACUUUACCCGCUUGGGAGCAGCCACCUCGGUCGUCUACACGUACUACCUCGGCGUGCCCCUGCUCGUGUGGGCCGCCAUCAAGUACUGGGCCGGCGCGUCGGACCGCUCUCCCGUCGAGAUCGUCAGCUUGUACGGCUACUCGUCGACCGUCUGGAUACUCGUCGCAUGGCUCUCGCUCAUCCCGGUCAGCUUUGUCUCGGGCGCGUUCGCCCUCGUCGGCACCCUCCUGUCGCUCUUCUUCCUCGUGCGCAACCUGUACCCGAUCCUCGCGACGGCCCCCAACGUCUCGGCGCGCAUCCUCAUCGUCGUCGUCGCCGUCCUCCACCUCGUGUACGCCGUCGCCGUCUGGUGGGGGUUCGUGCGCGGCGGCAGGGGCGCCCUCGUCGACCGCGACCUCAAGGACGUGGCGGGCGAGAUUGGGAACGGGCUUGGCCAGAUCGGGUCGGACGUCGGCGAGGAGGUCCUGAGGAGGUGGCGGUCGUAG